CUUUGACAGUAGUGCAACAACCUCCGCGGGAGUCGCGCCGCCGCCGUCGCCGUCCUGCCGUGGAUCGCACGUCGUUGCAUUCUCGAUCAACGCGCCUGGCGAAGGGGCGCAAGUCCUCGCACCCCCGGUCGCACCCCGUGCUCCGUUCGUGGCUCGUUCGAAAGUUUCGCGGUCCGUCGCGCGACGCGCCGGGCGAACCGGUUCUCCCGAACUGGUUUCCCUUCGCCGCACGUCGAUCGGUUGAAUCGGAGAGACGCCUCUUCCCUUCUGCAGGUUCUCCUUCCCUCGAGGGGCGAUCUACCACAAAAGCGUGGCUCUAGUUCGGGGGAAGCGCGGCGGCGCCGAACGGCAGAUCGAUACGUCCGUUCGAUACUCUCCCCGUGGUGAGAUCGAGCGAGGGACCGACCGGUCUCAAACACGCUCGCCGACGAUCGAGUGAACAUUCGAGCGGAGACAGAGUCGAUCGUUGCUCGUGGCAGACACAAGGGAGCCGUUAUUACGAUACCCCGACGAGUCGUGUGUGGUUUUGUGCGCGUGAUAAACGUUAUCGGCCGGCGCGUUCGCGGGAUCCCUUCGCGGCUGUCAAACGAGGAUUCUUCCUCGGAAGGUUCCUCCGGUGCCAGUGGUGGUUUCUCCAUCCUGUUUCCUCGAGUACCGGAAACCUGUUAAACUAAGGGAACUGAAGAGAACGACGCGGAUGGCGCUCGGUGGCUCCGCAUGAAGGGCCCUCGUCACGCUCUCGGCCGUUUAAUAAUUCGUUACAAGCGUUAAGUGAUGCCGCGGCUCGUCUCGCUUCGUUAGAAGAUGCCUUUCACGUUAUAAAGUGACCCUUGUCGAAAGAAGCUGUACACUUACGAUGGGCAAGCUUUUAAGUCUUUUGGCUCGAGACGAGUCUACCUGUUGCACGCCUCAAAAGUACGACGUCUUCUUAGAUUUCGAAAAUGCACAACCAUCGGACAUCGAACGCGAGACGUUCGAGGCGGUGCAGAGAGUGCUGAAAAAUUCCGAAUCCAUUUUGGAGGAGAUACAAUGCUACAAGGGAGCCGGAAAAGAGAUUAGAGAAGCGAUUUCGGCGCCCACGGAGGAAUGCCAACGAAAAGCUUACCUGACUGUGGCACCUCUCGUCGCGAAACUCAAACGAUUUUAUGAGUUUUCUUUGGAGCUCGAAAGGGUUGUGCCAAAAAUUCUGGGACAACUGUGCUCGGGAAACCUGUCGCCGACGCAACAUCUGGAGACGCAGCAGGCCCUAGUCAAGCAAUUGGCAGAGAUACUCGAAUUCGUGUUGAAGUUCGACGAGCACAAAAUGAAGACGCCCGCGAUUCAAAAUGACUUCAGCUACUAUCGGAGAACAUUGACGAGGGCAUCACUGGCGUGUCAGGACAACGCCGAGAAGGACCUAGUCGUCGGCAACGAGCUCGCCAACCGUAUGUCCUUGUUCUACGCCCACGCGACACCCAUGCUUCGGGUUCUGAGUCACGCGACCAUUACUUUCUUGAUGGACAACGAAGAUAUAGCACGGGAGAACAUUACGGAAACUCUCGGUACGAUGGCUAAAGUGUGUCUUCGUAUGUUGGAAAAUCCGAAUCUACUGGCGCAAUUCCAACGUGAGGAGACCCAGCUCUUUGUUUUAAGGGUGAUGGUGGGUCUGGUGAUCCUCUACGAUCAUGUACAUCCUCAAGGUGCCUUCGUGAAGGGUUCGAACGUGGAUGUCAAAGGUUGUGUGAAGCUGCUGAAAGACCAGCCGCCGUGCAAGAGCGAGGGUCUUCUGAACGCCCUUCGUUAUACCACCAAGCACCUGAACGAGGAGAACACGCCGAAAAACAUAAAGAACCUGCUGGCUGCAUGAUUACCGAAGCAGCGUGGCUGCUGCAUCAGAAGCUGAGACCGCCGGCCGCAUCUCUUCGCAAACUCUUCUCGCGAAUGAUGUCAUCUCGAACGGCCAUCUCCGUUUAGCUUCUACGCGCGGAUCUACAAGAGAAAAUUCGUCGCUCGCGCGAACCGAGAGAUCGCGACCCACGACUCGACCUUCACCUGCGUUUUGACCAUGCGUUCUUGGAACCACCGAGAGCUGCCUGAAAACUGCCGAGAUACUUGAAAUCUUCGAACAACCAUCGUCGAGCGACGCGAUGACGCGACGAUCGAUCGUUCGUUUUAUUUCUUUCUGUACUCGUCUCUGGGAAUAUAUAUGUAUGUGUGCGCGUGUGUGAUCAUUACCGUGAUUCCCGAUAUUUAUUAGAAGCGAGACGACUAUUGUCGCAACAACGACAUCGCGACGCGACGAAUCGGUCGAGCGAGCGUCAUCGGACAUUUUUAUUGUGCAUUUAUACUCGUUUCAGCGUCAACGUCUCGCAAGAACGGAUUGCGCGGGCGUUUAGUUUCAGGGAGAAUUUGCAUUUUUCUUUUUUGUCUACCUAUAGAAGAAACCAAAACAAAGAACAAUAGAUUUGUAGGAAGGUUUGCCGCGCGCAACGACGUUUUCCUUGGUGCAGUGUUCCAACCAAAGUCACUCAUUAACGUAAUUCCCGCCCGGAAGGGACGAGAAUUUAAUAUUAGAGCAUAUCAUAGUGUAUUUAUAGAAUAACAUGGGCCGUGGACUUUUUGGGGGUGUUACGAAGAGAGCUUUAAUCACGUUAUGGAUAUUAUGAAGAGAUCUUUAGCUCUUGUUUUCUUUGUUGACUGGCGGGCGAGAGAGUGGAUUGUGAGACUGUGCGGUGCCGAAGAGUCGAAUAUACUGCUGGAAUAUAAUUGAUAACCUCAUUUUAUCCAGAUUAAUUUUUUGAAAAAUAUUUAAUAUUACUGCAUGAUCUGAAUUGAUUAUGAAUUAAAAACCAUUUUGUGAUCUUGUCUCAGACAUGAUCAAAGAAUGAAGGAACCAAAGACGUGUUUAGUGUAUAGCGAAGUUGCAGAAACAUCAGGAGUGAUUUAUACAUAAUUAUUAUGAUUGUAUUAUAACAUUAGUAUUCUUAUUAUAAAUUAGCCCAUCGAUCAAAGUUCUAUUUAUAACAAUCGUCGAACGAAUCAGACAUGCUGCGAUAUAUGUCAGUGAUAUUGCGUUAUUGUGUGCGUAUUAAUACGGAAAUCCACGCGUACGUGUACAAACAUGAUGAUUAUAUGCGCAAUUUUAUUGUACUUUGUUGUUCCGACUUAUGCACAAUGUGUUGAACAUGCAAGAGUAAUUGAAAACGAUUUGAAGAAAUCGAGAAUGUCAUCACAGAUUCCAUUGCUCUCAUUAUAUUUUUACGUAAUAUUUAUUGUAGUCUUGAAAUUAUGUCCGGCGAAUAUAUGACAUGUUUUCAAUCGAUUAUAUAAUUAAGUCUUAUAUUUUUAUAGGCGCAAAAUUGUUUGACUUUUCAUUUUAAUUCUUGAUUCAUACUUUCGAUAUAAGUUUUGCAAAAUCUGUAAAGGAUAAUUUAUAAAAUCGGCAUAGCAGAAUGUAAGCAGUUCCCAGGUAGAUAUCGCGAUCUUUUUAUUAACAUAAUGAACAAAACUUUGAUUACACAAUAUUUCAGACUAUAUCUCUUUUUUACAUGAUGCGAAUAUCGCGAAGAACGCGCGGGAGUUUUCAAAAUGACUUUAGCACAAAAUAUCUUCUUGCGCGUUCUAGAGAUUAAUACUUUGAAGACUGCUUACCGACUGUAAUGUGGAGUAUUGUGUGUAAGAGUAUGACGUACGCAUAAUCGGCGAUCACAUUUACAUAAGAAUUUCCUGUGAAACAUACGUUCGUCAGUAGCGAACCUCAGAAAGACUCAUGACUGUAUAUAUAGAUUGUUACGAUGUAUCAUUGACAUCCACAGGUAUUACUCCUCUGUUACACUGGCACUCCGUCGACAAGUGCCCUGAAUUAUUGCCUUGGUAAUAUGUAAGAGAGGAACAAGCGGACACAGUAUUCAGUUAUUUUCAUGUAUCGUUGUAUGCUUCAUUUUGUAACGUUAUUCAGUGUCAAUUAACACGACGAAUAUUAUUGCACAUAUUACGAUUGUACUUCAAUUCAAUUAAAAUCCCCUGAAACGUC